CUGGAAUAACAACUUUUUGUUGCGACCAAUCUCUAUAAAUGGAAUGUAUUGCUGAUUAGUUAUUUAGUUUUACUAUUGCUGUAGAAUCAGAGUGCAUCAGUAGAAGAGACGAUGACUCGGCUAAGCUUUAUUGUGACGAUCGUCGCCGUUGCAUUGGUAUGUGUAUUCGCGCAGGAGCUUUACUCGGAUCGAUAUGAUGACGUCGAUCUCGAUGGAAUUUUGGCAAACGAAAAACUGCGAAUACAAUAUUACAACUGCUUUAUGGACACUUCACCAUGCAAGACCGCCGAUGCUAAAUUCUUUAAAGGGAUUGCAGGUGAAGCUAUGCAGUCUCAAUGCAGGAGAUGCACCGAAAAACAAAAAGAAAUUUUGAAC